CGGCCUUGUCAUACUGUCUUCAUUACCAAUAAAUUAACUUAUUGAUUUUUUCCUUGAAACGAUCGCAUCCUGAUAUCACCCGAAUUACCACUUUAUUAUUUUCCAUAUUGCAGCCAACCAACAUCCUGACUAGCACUGUGAUAGCUGCUGAUAUCCAAAAGCUCAACUGCUCAGAGAAAAUCGCGCUCACUGGAAUUGUUAAGUACACACAUCCACAAAUUGGUGCAGUCAAAUGGCUAGACAGCCAUCAAGUGUACAUUGCCAGAUAUCUAGAGUUUUAUCGAAAAGAAGAGAAACAGAGACAAAGAAAUAAAUCUGUUUGUAGUAACUUGUGGCAAAAGAUAUUGAAAACUGAUCCGUAUUCUUUUCUGUCAUCUGUUUCUAAUCGCCUAUUGGAAAUGAACGUAGUAGGUGAAUAUAUAGACUGGAUGAACAGGAUUUUUAAAACAAGCAUGGAAAGAGCAGACCCCAGAGUCUCUUCGAUGUUCCUAAUGAGUUCAGUGAAUGGUUUAUUAUAUGUGAUCAUUGCCUACCUAAUAUUAGUUCAUUAUGGGUUAAAGUUCAUGAAAGGAAGGGAUCCUUUUCGUAUAAAUGGACUCGUUUUUGUGUAUGAUUGGAUCAUGGUAGUUAUGAAUGCCUAUAUGGUAUAUGAAUCUAUAGCAGUCGCAUGUAAUGAAAAUUAUUCGUUGUAUUGUCAAAAGGUUGAUUACAGCUCAAAUCCUAACGCUUUGAGAUUAGUCCGAGCUAUUUGGUUAUUUCAUAUAUCAAAAGUGAUAGAAUGUUUAGAUACAUUCUUUUUUAUAAUUCGUGGUCGAACACAUCUUGUCACAUGGUUACAUGUCUAUCAUCAUUGUACAAUGAUUCCGAUAACAUGGGCUGGAGUGAAAUGGGUAGCUGGGGGUGAAAUAUUCCAACCUGUCGCAGUUAACUGCAUGAUUCAUGUGAUUAUGUACAGUUAUUAUGCAUUUGCAGCUCUUGGACCUAAAUGGCGAAAAUACUUAUGGUGGAAACGUUACCUAACAAUGCUACAAAUGGUUUGUUCUUUUUUUCGAAAAUAAGCUAACACUUGUGUACUACAUUUUUUGUUGGUGAUGAACAAUUGCUAUCUAUUAUUUUAUAACAUUUAACCAUUUAGAAAAUGGAAUAUCUUAUCUGAUGUGUAUAUUUGGCGGACAAUACUACAUGGUUGAAAUUGUUCAUAAACACGUUCCAAAUUGUCAAAUGCCAAUAGAUCGUAGAAUUCGUCCGUUUAUCCUAGACCAUCAAUUAAACCUUUGGCAAAAGGUGUAUAAAUUGUAUUUAGAAGGUCAAUUUAGUGUUAAUUUAAUAAUUUCAUGUUUGAUUACUAUCAAAGUACAAUUUGAGUGUAUAUAUAUCCAACACUUAUUUAUAUUCAUAUAAAGUGAACAACGAAACUCCAAAGCAAAAGACUAAGAGAAAGAAUAAAGACAGCAAAAAAGAUGCUUUAGGAUUUUUUUGGCCAAUUCAAACUGAUUAUAUGAAAUAAAUUUGAACUAAAAAACUAUUUCGUUAGUCAUUUCAUCUCAAUUUUCUCUUAAGAAAGUGAAGUCACAUGGAAUUAUUAUAUAGUUCGUGGGUGAAUAUAAAGAAUUUAUAUACUUAAAGAAACGUUUUUGUACUUUGUUCUUCUUUCCUUUCCUUGGAUCCAUUUUCGACAAACAGUACCAACUUUCAGUAUUUAGAAGGAGGUUGUUGAACUUUCACAAUAUGGAUCAGCAACAGAUCUUAGACAAUCCUUGAAGAAAAAGAUCUGGAUGGUUAGUUUUUUUUAAAACGGGACUCUUCGGGUCUAUGGAUCCAUGGCAUCACCACUUUGUGUGAGCGUUUAAAGGUUUUAGGUUUGAUCUCUUGAAGGACUUACCAUAUCAGGACAAAAUAACUAUCAAGUGCCUUCUGAUUUUUCAACUAACAUCAGCUGAUGACGUAUGAUACCAGAAGUUUUUAUUUGAUAAACGGUAUUCAAUAGUAAAUUUUCGCUUAUCAAGGAUUUUUUUUAUUUUCUUGGCAAUCGAAUUUCAUCAGGGGUCCAAAGCUCUGAAGUUCAUCCGGUGAAGUCGAGUUUAAAGCUCACAGACGCGACAAAGUUUACUUAAUGUUGUAGUUCAUUGGUUCAAAUAACUGAAACUUAGCUGGUAGAUCUUCAGGUAUAACUCUGUAUCUGUCUUAGACAGUUAUUCCAAUCCUUAUAAAACACAUGUGACUUAGCGUCUAGUGAAUAACAUUUUGCUUAGAUGUAAAGUGUAUUUUCGAUUCAGAUACCAAAGCAAAUGACUUGUACAACGUAUGAACUACAAUUCACAAGAAUUCGCACUGUUAGAUAGGUGGUUUAAUUGUAAAGUUUUCAUCGUCUUUCUAGACAAUACUAUCAAAACACAAUUCUAUUUUUGAUUUUGAGUUAUAAAUUUUUUUCGAUUCUCUCAAAAUCAUAUGCACUGUAAGUUGGUAAUUUAAACGGAUGUAACCAAUCGAAGCUAUUUAUUGAAUAGGAAUUUUCAGUUUUGAAUAUACCUAAUUAUUUUUCUUUCUCUAAGUAUUUUUUUAGAAAAAAAAGUUGAAUGAAUCCAUAUCACACUUGUUUUCACCUUCUUAUACUCAUAUAGAUUCAAUUUAGCUAUGGAAUGCUUUAUUCUUACAUUUCACUUUACAACCAAUGUGGUCUGAAGGAAUUUGUAUAUUACAUCAAUUUGCUUUAUCAAGCCAGUCUUCUAUUACUUUUCUAUAAUCAUUAUCACCAUGCAUAUCAUAAAUCGAAAAACCAAAAGUUAUGUAAAGCAACCGAUGACAAUUCAAUAGACAUUCAUACAAAUGGAAAUAUUAAAAAGGAUGAAUGAGAUUAAUCUAUAUUAUUUGGUUCUUUCAACCAUUAAUUGACAAUAUCUUGAAUAUUAUAAAGAUAUAUGUAAAAUGUAUAUUUUUUACAAUGACAAAUAAUACGAGAAUGUAUACAUAAAAUUAUGAUACAAUCUCUAAACUAGUGAAAACAUACUUCUUUUCUUUUUUUCUUUUUGUUUAUUUCUUCUAAAAAGUAUUGACAUAAUACUUUUCCAUUUAUAUGAAUUAAUAUUGUUUAAAAAAUUUCUAAGUGUACCACUUCCUUGUUUAUGUGUAAUAGUAAACAUUUUGUGCAU